UUUAUUGCUCAAUCCCUUGGUUUGUUCUUUUCUUAUUUACUUUUUCAUCCUUUCUUAUUGCAGCUGGACCUGGAGAGUGGCACACAGCAGUCAAUCUACGGUUUGCAUACUGACAAAGAGUAUGAAGUCCGGGUGCGCUGCAAGAUGCCAGCCUUUGACAACUUUGGCGAAUUCAGUAACAGCAUCAUUGUGCAUGUGGCACGGAUACCAAGCAAAGAAUCAACGUUCCCGACGACGUUGGUGUUCAUUUUUGGAGUGAUCGGAGUGGUGAUUCUUCUUGUCCUCCUCAUCUUCUCUCAGCAGCAGAGGUUGAUGGUGAUAUUUUUACCACCUAUUCCUGCACCUAAAAUUAAAGGCAUCGACCCAGAGCUGCUGAAGAAUGGAAAGCUUGACCAGCUCAAUUCUUUGCUGAGCAGUCAGGAUAUGUACAAGCCGGACUUCUACCAUGAGGAUCCAUGGGUGGAGUUCAUCCAGCUGGACCUUGAUGACCCUGCAGAGAAGAAUGAGAGUUCUGAUACACAACAUCUGCUGGGCUUGUCCCGCUCAGGCUCUUCUCAUUUCCUUCAUUUCAAAAGCGACAACGAUUCGGGUCGUGCUAGCUGCUACGACCCAGAAAUCCCAAAUCCCGAGGACUUGGCUUCCCUUCUGCCUGGCCAUUCUGGACGAGGAGAUAACCACCCUCUGGUUUCCAGAAGCAGCUCUUCCAUCCCUGAUCUUGGCGUCCAGCAGACAUCAGAAGUGGAGGAGACGCCCAUUCAAACGCAACCCGCUGUGCCCAUGGACAUGGACUUUUAUGCCCAAGUAAGUGAUUUCACACCAGCAGGAGGAGUGGUGCUUUCACCUGGACAA